UCGGCUGCUGCUUCGCUGUUUCUGCCUUAGGCGCUAGAAGGUUCGCAUGUAAGAUGACUAAUGGGGAGGCCCCUGCGGCUCCGUCCAUCGCAAUUGCUGCACGCGACAAGAGAGACACGAGGAAAAGCGCGAAUUCCUCUCACAAACAUCGUACUCCCCUCAGGCACCCAACUUCAUCUGUCACUCCCUGACUAAAGUCAAGCAUGGCGGUGUCGGUGGAGGCGGGCAGCGCGCUGGCGCAAGCGAUCCAGUCGGCGGCGCAACAGAAACUGAUGGAGAACAGCUGGGCGGCGGAGGAGAACGACACCACUCUGUCAGAGUACGUGACGAUGAUGUUGGUCAAUGGUAAGGACUUUCAGGGCGUGCAGGCGGAGCUGGGCGGCGAGUUGUUGGGCGUGGGUGAAGAUGAUCCGCAGGUGGCAGACUUCACGCGGUGGUUGUUCGAGCAGGCGCAUAUCCUUAGUGGGCAUGGCGCGGCCCCAGUAUCCGACGCGGAGCAGACGAUGAGUUCCGCGCAGAUGAUGGACGCUUCACAGAUCGUGCCGACGACGGAAGUGCCGACCGGUGACGAGCAGAUGGGCGAGGCUGCACCAAUAGACGGCAUACCAAGCGGACCGAGAGCGAUGCAGAACGGGCACGAGGGUGGUGCACGGGGACGGGGGAGAGGACGUGGUGGGCGUAUGCUGGGCCAACUGAACAGGCAGAUGGACCGCACGACAGACGACCCGUUGCGAAGGAUAAAAGGCGCCGCAUCCGGCCAUACCGGACGCAUCGACUCACACACCGGCAGAGCACCGCGAGCGCCUCGAGGUGCUGCGAAUGGAGUGCAGCGCAUGAUGAACGGUGCAGCGGCAGGCAGAGGCGACAUGGCGGCGCAGAUGAACAACACCAUGAUGCCACAAACACCCGAACAGAUGAUGCUCUUCUCGCAGAUGAUGGAGAUGCAAGCGCAGAUGAUGACGCAAAUGAUGAACAACGGCGGCCAGUUCCCAGCCAUGCAGCAAUCAACGCCUGGCUUCCAACCGAAAGGCCGCGGGGGCAAAAGCAUGUUCGACCGGAUCGACAAACGCCGCAACACCAGUCAACAACCCUCCUCAACAAACGGCGACAUCAAGUCAGAAGGAGGCAGCGGCAUGGACAUCGACCGGCCCCUCGAGCCCGAAAAGAAACCCCCCUUCGACACCCUCUGCCGCUUCAACCACAAAUGCCUCAACCCGGACUGCCCCUUCGCCCACCAAUCCCCCGCCAACACCCGCCCCAACCUCUCCCUCGACAUGACCGACACCUGCACCUACGGCGCGGCCUGCACGAACAACAAGUGCACCUCCCGCCACCCCUCCCCCGCCCAACGCGCCGCCUUCCGCGAGUCCGCCAAAAGCGAGGUCCCCUGCAAAUUCUACCCCAACUGCACCGCGGGUCCCGCAUGUCCGUUCAAACACCCCGACGCACGGCCGUGCAGGAACGGAGCGGAUUGCAAGGUGGAAGGCUGCCCCUUUGCGCAUAGCGCGAUUCUGUGUCGGUAUAACCCUUGCAAGCGGCCGGAUUGUCCGUUCAAACACGCCGAGGGGCAGCGGAGGGGCACGUUUUCGGAUAAGGUGUGGACGGCGCAGGGGGAGGAUGGGUCCGGAUUGGCUAUGCUGGGGGGUGGGGAGGGGGAGGGAGGGGGAGAGGGGAUGAAUGGGAGUGGUGGCGGUGCGGCGACUACUGCGGAGAGGUUUGCGGGGUUGAAGGCGCAGGAGGGGCAGGCGGAGGAGUUGAUUCUGCCGGGGAAGGAGCAGCAGCAGCAGCAGCAGAAUGGGAAUGGUGUGGAGGGGGUCGUGCAAUAGUCUUGUAUGGCAUGGCGUAGACGACGAUGAGCCAGCUGAGCUGGUGGUCGUGCUGUAUCAGUAUCUAUAUUAGACGUGUCAUUGCAUUGCGUGGCGUGCGCCCGACAUACGUCAAUGGGACGAGCUUUGUUCCGCGUCGCCUAAAGGGCGUACGGCGGUGAGGACUACCUUUUCUGUGCACUUCCUCUCUACGUCUCGCCGCAUGCGAC